UGUAUCGAACAGUGAAGCGGAGGCAGUGCUGGAAGGAGGACGUCGGAAUUGUUGUAGGAGACUGCUGCAGGAGCUCAGCGAAAACAAGCCCAGCCGUCCAACCUCUCCCCGCAUCUGAAGUCCUCCAAUUCAGAUCUGACCUCCCAAUGUAUCACGGCACUGGUUGGUUUCUUUGAGCUGCAGCGGCGAAGGAGCUCAGCUGACUGUUCCCAAUGCCACCUCCGUCUGACAUUGUGAAGGUGGCGAUCGAAUGGCCAGGAGCUAAUGCCCAGCUGAUCGAAAUAGACCAGAAAAAGCCACUGAUCGCAGUUAUCAGAGAGGUUUGCGAUGGGUGGUCCUUGCCCAACCCGGAAUACUACACACUGCGUUAUGCUGACGGGACUCAGCUGUAUAUCACUGAGAAGACUCGUAAUGAAAUCAAAAAUGGGACAAUUCUGCGGCUGGCCAUCUCUCCGAACCGAGCAGCCCGCCAGCUGCUGGAGAGGAUCCAGUCCUUGUGCCUGGACUCGAGGCUCGAUGCUCUGAAGGAACUGGCCAAGCUGUCAGCUGAUGCCACUUUUGCCACUGAAUUUAUCAACAUGGAGGGGAUUUUUAUCCUGAUGUUGCUGGUGGAGAGUGGAACCAACAACUUGCUGGAUAAAUUCAGUUUUGGGGAAAUGCUGGCCUUCACACUGACAGCCUUCCUGGAGCUUAUGGACCAUGGCAUCAUCUCCUGGGAUAUGAUCUCCACUGCUUUCAUCAAACAGAUUGCCAGCUAUGUUAACCAAACAACAGUGGAUGCCUCCAUCUUGCAGCGGUCGCUGGCAAUUCUGGAGAGCAUGGUGCUGAAUAGUCAGAGCCUGUACAAAAAGGUGGCUGAAGAGAUCACUGUUGGACAGCUGAUUGCCCACCUUCAAGUAUCAAACCAGGAGAUCCAGACAUAUGCAAUUGCACUGAUCAAUGCUUUGUUCUUGAAAGCACCGGAGGACCGAAGGCAGGAAAUGUCUAACGUCCUGGCACAGAAGCAGCUACGAUCCAUAAUAUUAAAUCACAUCAUUCGAGGAAAUCGGCCAAUAAAAACAGAAAUGGCCCACCAGCUUUAUGUCCUUCAAGUUUUGACGUUCAAUCUGCUGGAGGAGCGAAUGAUGACCAAAAUGGACCCUCAGGAUCAGUCACAAAGGGAUAUCAUUUUUGAACUUCGAAAAAUUGCUUUUGAUGCUGAAUAUGACCCCAACAGCAGCAGCAGCCUUGAGAAACGCAAAGCCAUGUACACGAGGGAUUACAAAAUGCUGGGAUUUAUGAAUCAUGUCAAUCCAGCCCUGGACUUCACCCAGACUCCUCCUGGAAUGCUGGCACUGGACAACAUGUUGUAUCUGGCAAAGGUCCAUCAGGACAUGUACAUCAGGAUUGUCCUGGAAAACAGCAGUCGGGAGGACAAACAUGAGUGUCCUUUUGGACGCAGCAGCAUUGAGCUAACCAAGAUGAUGUGUGAAAUCCUGCAGGUGGGAGAGCUACCUAAUGAAGGCUGCAAUGAGUACCACCCUAUGUUUUUCACCCACGACCGAGCAUUCGAGGAGUUCUUCUGCAUCUGCAUCCAGCUACUCAACAAAACGUGGAAGGAAAUGAGGGCAACUUCAGAAGACUUCAACAAGGUGAUGCAGGUGGUACGUGAGCAGAUCACAAGGUCUCUGGGCACAAAGCCAAACUCUCUGGACCAGUUUAAGAAUAAAGUCCGUUGCAUGAGCUACUCUGAGAUCCUGAGGCUACGUCAGUCUGAGAGAAUGAGCCAGGAUGACUUCCAGUCGCCACCAAUCAUUGAGCUGCGGGAGAAAAUUCAGCCCGAGGUGAUGGAGCUGAUCAAACAGCAGCGCCUGAACCGACUUUGUGAGGGCACCAGCUUCCGCAAAAUUAGCAAUCGCAGGCGGCAAGAUAAAUUCUGGUAUUGUCGGCUGUCUCUCAAUCAUAAAGUCUUACAUUAUGGAGAUCUGGAUGAGAACCCACAAGGUGAAGUGGCCUUUGAGUCACUGCAGGAAAAAAUUCCUGUUGCAGAUAUCAAAGCUGUGGUAACUGGGAAAGACUGUCCCCAUAUGAGAGAGAAGAGUGCCCUAAAACAAAACAAGGAAGUCCAAGAGUUGGCUUUCUCAAUCCUACAUGAUCCUGAUGAGGCUCUGAACUUUAUUGCUCCGAACAAGUAUGAGUACUGUAUCUGGACUGAUGGAUUAAAUGCCCUUCUGGGGAAAGAAAUGACGAGUGAACUGACCAAGAAUGAUCUGGAUACUCUGCUGAGUAUGGAAAUUAAACUUCGGCUGUUGGACCUGGAGAACAUACAGAUUCCAGAGGCACCUCCUCCCAUUCCCAAGGAGCCCAGCAGCUAUGACUUUGUGUAUCACUAUGGCUGAACCGUAGUUGUGACCAGCACCUGGCAAGCACAAAAGAAAAUGAAUUAAAAACAAUGAAUAAUGCCCUAUUUCAGCAGUUGUUAGAAAGAAAGAUCUCCCUUUGUUAAGAAACAUGCUAACUUCUGUAAUCUGUGGUAAAACAGCAUAACAAGGAGCAAAAGAACAGCAUAUUGUAUUUCUCAUCUGUACUAGGGUCUCAGACAGAAUACUGGUCCCUUUUUAAAAAGAGUUCUAUGCUUAAUAUUUUUGACAGAUUUAAGAAUUUGGUGAAUAAUGUGAUUUGGUACAGUGAAGUUUAUAUGUUGGUUAAUGUUCUAUCGAGUUAACUAGAUUUUUUCACUGUAUUUAGACAAUCCUCUAUCAAACAUUAUUCCACCAUUUGGAUUCUGUUUGUGUAUUUAAUCCUGUACGCAAAGAAAAUUUACUAAGAGAGUCUGUGCACUUUCUGUUACAUGGGAGUAUCUUCAAAAUUGUCGCCUGAGAAUACUUCCUGAUGCUUGACGGCUUUAACCAGUUUCUUUAAUCAAAAUUUAUUCUUCUUCAUCUGAAUUCUGCUCCUAAGCCAUUGGUUUUCCAGUUGUGAAGGGAGAUGCAAAGACAACUGGAAAAGCUGGCAAAAAUGAUGGGGAGAAGGGUCAUGAUUGGACAUUAACCUGUUCUAUGAUACAACGUUGUUCAUAAUCUGCUCAAACUUCAAUUUUUCUCUUUAGAUGUGAUUUAUGAUACGUCUAUUUACAUAUCCCAAGGCCCUAUAAUGUUUUAAGGUCUAUGAGCGCAUGUUACACACAGGUGUUGUACAGCACUAGGCAUGCUUAAUACCAUUUGAACUUUGGGAAAGAUUAUCAGUCUCAUCACUUCCCAUCUCUGCCUUGUUUCUACCUUUUGAUCUGGGACUUUUUGCCGAAGAAUUAAAUGGGUACAGUACUUGAAGGGAUUAUGCUGAAGACACUAAAAGUACUUAUUUUGUGUUGGCAAAGUUUAUGAAUAAAUUUGUCUAGAUUAUGGGCACUGAACUCAAAUAGUACUUGAAUAAUAAGCAAGCAUACAGAUUUAAACAUCAUUAAAAUUAUUACUGAAUUAAAGUAGUCAAUAAAGAUUCUUUGCUUUAGAAAUUUCCACUGUUACCAUAUUUAAGGUAACCAUUAAUCCUUAGUUAUAGAUAUUCCACUUGAAUCAGAAAUAAUUUUAAUCUUAAGGCAAUGUAAAUACUGCAGGGAGAUUUACUGUUUACAAAGGCAAACCUGUUUUAUUGUAAUCAGAAAAAAAUAAUUCCCCUUCACCACCACUCUCCUCCCUCUUGCGGAAUUGGUCCUUACACUCAACAUUUGCUAUUAUGAUUCCUCCCACUUUCUCUAAACCCAAGAUGUAGCCAUGGGCACCUGUCUGAGCCCCAGUUAUGCUUGCCUUUUUGUUGACGACAUGGAACAGUCUAUGUUCCAAUCCUUCAUUUGUAACACUCCCCAAUUCUUUCUGCUCUGCGUUGCUUUGUGCUUCUGUGGAAUUCAUCAGCUUUACCUCCAACUCCCACCUUGCCCUCAGAUUCACUUGGUACAUCUCUGACACCUUUUCCUCCUUUCUCGAUCUCUCUCUGUCUCCAUCUCUGGAGACAAACUGUCUACUGAUAUCUUUUAUAAACCUACUGACAUUCACAGCCAACUUGACUAUACCUCAGAAGCUAUUGCCUUUUCUCAGUUCAUCCAUCACUGUCGCAUCUGUUCUCAGGAUAUUCCAGAACAUCUGAGUUGUUAUCCUCCAUCAAAGAAUAGGGUUUCCCUUCCUCUACCAUCGAUACUGCCCUCACCCCCAGUUCCUCCAUUUUCCAGUCAUCUGCCCUCACCCCAUCUUACCACUGCCUCUUGUCCUUAUCUACCAUGCCACAACCCUUUGUAUCUAAUUCUCCGUGACUUCUGCCAUCUUCAAUGGGAUCCUACAAGUGAACACAUCUUUCCCUCCACCCCUCCUCCCCAACUCUCCACUCUCCACAGCGAUCAUGCUCCCCAUGACUCGAUUGUCCCUCCUUCCCUCCCCACGGAUCUCCUUCCUGGCACUUAUCCCUGCAACCCAGACAAGUGCUACACCUAUUCCCUCACUGCCAUUCAGGGCUCCAAACAGUCUAUCCAGGUGAGGCAACACUUCACCUGCGAGUCUGUCGGGGUCAUCUACUGGACCUGGUGUUCCCAGUACGGUGACGUCUACAUUGGCAAGGCCCUACAUAAAUUGGGGGACCACAUUGUUGAGUGUUUUCGCUCUGUCCGCAAUAGGUGGGAUUUCCCGGUGGCUAACCAUUUUAAUUCUACUUCACAUUCCCAUUCUGCCAUGUCGAUCCAUGGUCUCCUGUACUGCCAUGAUGAGGGCACUAUCAGGUUGGAGAAGCAACACAUCAUAUUCCAGCUGGAUAGCCUCCAACCUGAUGGCGUGAACAUCAAUUUCAGCAACUUCUGAUCAUUUCUUCCCGUUUCCUCAUUCUGCCUCCUUUUCGCCUCUUCACUUGUCUGUGCCCUUCCUCCUUCCCUUUCUCCCAUUGAUCACUCUCCUCUCCUUUCAAAGUCCUUCAGCCCUUUACCUUUUCCACCCAUCACAUCCCAGCUUCUCGCUUCAUUUCCCCCUCCUGCCCCACCCGCUUCCCUCCUCACCUGCCAGCUUCUACUCCUUCCCCUCCCCCCCCACCUUAUUCUGCCUUCCUUUCCAGCCCGUAGCAUCGACUGCUUAUUCCCCUCGAUAAAUGCUCUACGACUUGCUGAGUUCCUCCAGCAUUUUGUGUGUUUCCAGGCUGGAAAAAAUGUUAUGGUUGGUGUCUCUGCUGUAAUCAUCUUGCUAUAAUCUCAGCUGAACUUAAACUAACAGAUUUGAAAUUAUUUACUCUACUUAAUUAUGGGUUGCUGGAAGACAAGAAUGUGAUAACUGUAACCACUUCAAAAUGUUGCUUCAGCUGCCUGUUUUUCUAUUUGAAAUAGUAAUUGAUGCUGUAGGGAAAUUGGUGAGUUAAAAAGUAUUAAGAGCAAUGUGCACAGGUUCGUACCGUAUCUUCUAAGUUCUGAUUGUCUAAAGUGGAGAAUGUGGUUCUUCAGAUUUUUCAUAUUUAUCAGCAGUUAGUCAAUGUUGGCAAUUUACUGUUGACAGAUUUUAUGUUACAUUGAGUAAGUUGUUUUUAUCUUGAUGACAAGGUUGUUUGGGACUAAUUCAAAAGCUUUAGGAAACUAUUAUAUCUGCUUUUACCUACAGCACCGUGGUCUGCUUGGCAAAGGGUAACGUGCACAAAGCAUGUGAGCCAUUUAACUGAGCUGUAUGCAAAAUAAUUUCAAUUACACAUUAUAAAGAGGCUUUAAUUUUUUAAAAAUUGUAUCUAAAAUCUGAUUUCAGUACUGAAGAUUUGGGCAGUAAUUUUUUUUUUUGGGUGAUACCACCUAAUAAUCUAACUGAUAUGAAGGACAGAGAAAGAAAGGGAAAAUGUGAAAAUACUGACAAUAAAACAGUUACUAUAAAUCUAGUGCCAGAUUAUUUCAGUUUUAAGCCUUUUACUAUUCUUUUCCAUAACAUCUGAACAAAACAGUGGCCUCUCUACACAUUUUGCUCAUCUUUAUCAUGGCGGGGAUACAGAGCAAGUAACAUGAAUGUGUUUGCCUCAGUGCUUAGCAAUUAAGGUGAAAGAAUAAGUUGUUCUAAAUACUUGCUUUUAAAAGAAUAUGCCACCAUUUUAAAAGAGAAUUUGCUGCUUCUCCCACAACCCCUGCUAUUCAAACAUGUAGCUCAAUACACUUGUGCAAUUCAAGGCAAUUGAGUUGAAAGAAUCUUACUGAAAGCCACUUGGUUUACCCUAGUGAGGUAGAAAGCUUAGAGAACCUGUUUGUUAAAAAUGUGAAGGGAUCUCCAGUAGACAUCAGCAAGCAUAUUUUUUUUUAAAUUAAGUUCAACUCUCCAUUGGAAACAGUGGAAAAAGCUGAAAUUUUAAACUCACUGCCAGCAAAAGAAUUUAACAUUUGUAACAAUCUCAGAUGAGUGGGAGGUACAGUGAGUGAAACUUUUUAAUCGCUUUUUGGGAGAAUAUUUGUCUGUUAUACUGUUCGUUGGUCAGUGUUAUAAUAGCUGUUAAGAAAAAAAAAUGAAAUGGAAAUAUUUACAUUGAAAUCUAUAGUAAGUCUUCAUUUUUGUACAGAAAGUAUUGGUAACUACCCGUAUGUGCACUGAGCCAGUGAUGUUGGAAUAUUACUACAGACUAUAACAUGUGUUCCAUCUCUCUCAACUGUCUGCUUUGUUUGAUUGUAUGUUCCAUUUGCAAAGAGUUGCAAGUCCCAGUGAUGCCCUGAAAAUACAGGGCAUCUUGGACACAUUCAGCAAAAACAAUUAUCCACCUCUCACCUAAUACAACACCUAAGUUUUUAUCUCUUCAUUGCCAGCUCCAUUUAAUUGCCUUUGGCAGCAAUAUUCUGAUACAGGACAUUAUGGUCUUAAAAUCUCUUUCUCAGAUGUCAUCAA